ACGAGAACGACGGGGUUACUACACGACAGUGGUAACGACACCAUGCCGUCGUUUAUUAUCACACAUAAUCAACAUCAGAAUAAAAUAAAACAAGUAUGAAUGGAAGUGGUGAAUCUGGCGGGACAAUGUCCAGCGAUGAUUAUACUGAAAGUUGUACAAGCAGUGAAGAAGAUACUGGUGCUAAUUUACCAUCAUGGGAAGCAGCAGCAGCAUCAUUAACUCUUGGUUUUUUAGUAUUAGCAACAGUAUUAGGGAAUGCCUUAGUAAUAUUGUCAGUGUUUACAUACCGGCCAUUACGUAUAGUUCAAAAUUUUUUUAUAGUAUCACUGGCAGUUGCUGAUUUGGCAGUAGCAAUAUUGGUAAUGCCAUUUAAUGUUGCAUAUUUAUUAUUGGGUAAAUGGAUAUUUGGUAUUCAUUUAUGUAAAUUAUGGUUAACAUGUGAUGUAUUGUGUUGUACAGCAAGUAUACUUAAUUUGUGUGCCAUAGCCCUUGAUCGUUAUUGGGCAAUAACAGAUCCAAUAAAUUACGCACAAAAACGUACAUUAAAACGUGUAUUAGGAACAAUUGCCGGUGUAUGGAUAUUAUCUGGUGCAAUAAGUUCACCACCAUUGGCCGGUUGGAAUGAUUGGCCUGAAGAAAUAGAACCCGGUACACCAUGUCAAUUGACCCAACGUCAGGGUUAUGUUAUUUAUUCAUCAUUAGGUUCCUUUUUUAUUCCCCUGUUGCUAAUGAGUCUCGUUUAUUUAGAAAUAUUUUUAGCAACACGUCGACGUUUACGUGAACGUGCACGUCAAAGUCGUUUUGGUAUUGUUUCAUCAACGCGUAAUCGUGGUGGCGCUGGUGGUAAUGCUGGAGCUGGUGGUAAUGGUGGUGGGGGUGGUCCUGGUGGCAGUCAUGAUCCAGAUGACGCUGAAGAAUCUGUUAGUAGUGAAACAAAUCACAAUGAACGUACUAUUACAACACGUGUACAUGGUAAACCAAGUUUAGUUGUUGUUGAAGAUGAUGCUGCUACUGAAGUAACACUAAAUCCAACUCCAUCACGAAUUGGUAAACGUUCGGGUAAUAGUGAAAAAAAUAAUCAAACUCCAACAGUUACUACAACAAAUCCAAAUGCAACAACUACAACUACAACCACAACAACGGUUUAUCAAUUUAUUGAAGAACGUCAGAGAAUUUCGUUAUCUAAAGAACGACGUGCUGCACGUACACUUGGUGUUAUAAUGGGUGUUUUUGUUGUAUGUUGGUUACCAUUUUUCCUUAUGUAUGUUAUUGUACCAUUUUGUCCGGCAUGUUGCCCAUCUGACCGUAUGGUUUAUUUUAUAACGUGGCUUGGUUACAUUAAUAGCGCACUUAAUCCACUUAUUUAUACAAUAUUUAAUCUUGAUUAUAGACGGGCAUUUCGUCGACUAUUACAUCUCGGCUGAUAUUAUGUUACUUACAUAUUAUUUUAUCUUAAUAAGGAAUUGCCAUCUCUCUUUACUACAUUUAUAUUUUAAAACUAAGUUAUUUUAUUACGACUAUAAACAUCAGAUGUAGUUCGAAAGUUAUGUAUUUUAAUCUUACGGUACAUUUUUCUCAAAAUCCAAUAUCCGUUAGUUAUUUGUUACAGUGAAAUUUAAUAAACUCACAAAAAUUAUAGUAAAACAUCAAAACAGUUUUUCUAUAGAAAAUUUUUUAUUAAAAUUCAAUAUCAUAUUAAUUCUCUAAUAAUUAAUUACCUCCUCGCCAAUGGGGUUUUAAAAAUUGGAAUCCCGAUUCAGGUUACGAAUCCUAGUCUUCAAAGUAGUAAACUAACACUGAUGUCGGCUUUGUAAUUUUUACAUAACAAAAA